CUUGAUUCUCUACCAGGUUUCUUCAUCAUCGCACACCCGCCCUCCUGCGACUUUCGCUCUGCUGUCCACAAUGACUCGACGAAACGCCAUUCCAUUCCUGGCGCUGGUCGUCGCCCUAUUCAUAGUCACCUCCUUCUACUCGGGCCUGCGCACCAGCGACACAUGGAGGGACUUGCCCCAGCAUGUUGGCUUGGGAGAACACGUCGACAGCGCUGCCAACGCCGACCCUUCCAAAGACACGCCCAGCGAUCCCGACUACGCCAACUGGAACCCGAAACUCGUCUUCACGCCCGGCUCGCCCAUGCCUCCGGGGCACAACUACACGUCGACGCUGGUGAUUGCGCGGACAAAGGAUGAAAACAUUGACUGGAUACGGGAAAAGAUGCCCGACCAAGAGCUGGCUGUCUACGUCGCCGACGACCCGAGCGCGCCCUUGCACCCGCCCAAGAACAAGGGCCACGAGGUCAUGAUAUACCUGUCGUACAUCAUUGACCACUACGACAAUCUUCCCGACGUCUCAAUCUUCAUGCACGCGCAUCAGCUGGCAUGGCACAACGACCUACUUCUCGGGAGCGACGCGCAUCAACUCGUAAACCGCCUAAGCCUGCCGCACGUUUGGAGGAAAGGCUACGUCAACAUGCGCUGCAGUUGGGACCCCGGCUGCCCGGAUUGGCAGCACCCCGGCGAAACAGUCAAGAACGAGUACAAGCAAGAAGAGGUUCUUCUUGCAAAGUCGUGGAGCGAACUAUUCCCCCUUGACGAAAUCCCCGAAGUCCUGGCCCAGCCAUGCUGCGCCCAGUUUGCCAUCUCACGAGAACGCAUACAAGCGAAGCCCUAUGCACAAUACGUCUGGUACCGCGACUGGAUGUUCAACACACAGAUCCCCGAUUCGCUUAGUGGCCGUGUUUGGGAGUACGUGUGGCAGUAUGUCUUCACGGGACAAAACGUGCUUUGUCCAAAGGAACAUAUGUGUUAUUGCGAACAGUAUGGGUUCUGCUUCGGCGGCGAAGAAGAAUACGAUAACUUCAUCGCUCUCCAGAACGAGCUGGCCGAGAAUCAAUCAAAUUACCAGGACUGGGAAAACCAGAGAGUAGAGGCCGAGCAGGCAGCAAAAGAGGGCCUCAAAUCAGUCGAACCGCCCGAACCCGGCAAAGACGCCCAUUACAUUAAAGAGAUUGAACGCUUGGAGCCUAUUAUCGAGCGUCUAAUACACGAUGCCCAAGUUCGAGGCCUGGAUCCCAAGAACCGGGCGCUGGAAGCGGGAAGAGAAUGGAAAGAGGGUGAUGGGUUUUGAUACACAUUUUUAAGGCAUAUUGGCGUUGGGAAGCUAUCUAAGAGUUGGUUUCUGUAUACAUAUUAUCUCACUGGCUCCAGCACGACGGGUAAGGUCGCCCCGCCGGCACGCUUGAAGAGUGCCAGCCUUUUUUUUCUUUUGGAUAUCAGCACCGCACUACGAAUUUUUAUUGAUCUAUAAGCGACAAAGGACCCCGAGGAAGCGAUUGAUUCGAUUACACCAGCACAGCAAUUCAUUUUAGACUUCGAAAGAGCAUUCGAUAC